AUGUACCAUUUAUCCGCCCAUCCCUUUCCUUUACUGCUAAGUAUCCGUACGGAUAGAAGUUUCCAUCAUCACCACCAUGACACGAUCCCUCCGACCAAGACACCGUGGCCCGGCCCGUCUUUCCAUGUCUUCAUCGCUAACCAGUACUUGACCCAUUCGUCCCAUCUCCUCUCCCUCACCGUCUUCUCCCCUCGACCCGAGCCAACGGAUCCCACACACACUGCAAUUCUGGAUGGGCCACGGAAACUAGACCAACCUGGCCUCGUCCAUCUUUCCAUCUUCUCCUAUGGCUACGGAGAACUCUCCGCCCCUGCUCGCACCACUUGCUUCUACUCCGUGCACUUGGCGCCCCACGGUCUUGACCGAAACACCACCAACAAAUACCCCACGGCGGAAGCCACCCAUCAUCAAACUUGGUGA